AUGGCCGGGUCAAUCGAUUAUUCGAGCCCGGCACAGGCCGACGAGAAAGGGGCCAUUCAGCCGCAAGGGAGUAGCGAUCUGGAACAACGACAUAGUCAUCAAGAAGUGGCUGAUGCGGGUUCCAACAAGGCUGAGGUGCAUGAGUCUGAGAAAGAGAUUCCAAUGACCUUUCGCCGUUUUAUGGGCUUCACUGCCAUGGCUUUCUUGUGGACUGGCAGUCAAAUUCCAGUCUACCUAUUCGGUGGUAUCCCCCCGUAUAUCUAUGGAUCUAUUGGUGGGGCAGACCGUUGGGUCUGGUUUGUUCUUGCCAAUUUGCUUGGCCUUGCUGGUGUAUGCCCCUUUGUCGGCUCUCUGUCUGAUUUGAUUGGUCGUCGCUAUGUUGCUAUUCUCGGUGCCGCACUCAUCUGUCUCGGAAUGAUUGUCUGCAGUACGGCCAAUUCAAUGAACAUCUUCAUUGCCGGUAUGGCAAUUGCUGGUGCUGGUGCUGGGGUCAACGAAUUGACCGCGCUGGCUGCAACAUCGGAGAUGGCACCCACUCGCAAGCGAGGUGUCUAUGUCGCUGUUUUGAUAUUCACAAUCGUACCGUUCUGUCCAUCAGUGUUGUGGGCGCAACUUAUUGCCUAUUAUAGCAACUGGCGCUAUGUCGGGGCAUUCUGCGGCGCGUGGAACGGAUUUGGACUUUUGAUCACGAUUCUAUUUUAUUCUCCUCCUCCUCGUGUGAACUCACUAGGUUUGAGCCGAUGGGAGAUCAUAGGACGCAUUGAUUUCAUUGGGGGUUUCCUGAGUAUUACUGGGCUGAUCGUCUUCCUGGCUGGUAUGCAAUGGGGUGGUUAUAUGUACCCGUGGAGCUCUGCGCAUGUCCUUGCACCGUUAAUCAUCGGCUUCCUUAUGCUCGUAGCCUUUGCUUUCUGGGAGAUCUACGGUGCCAAAUAUCCAAUCUUCCCAACUCGCUUGAAGCAGGAACCUCGCACCCUCGGCCUGACUCUCGUGAUCACCUUUAUCUCUGGCUCCAACUUCUUCUCCGUGCUGAUGUUCUGGCCUACCGAGUCUUUCAAUGUAUAUGGUCAUGACCCCGUAGAUGUGGGCAUUCGCAGUUUGCCUAUCGGUUUUGGCAUUCUGGCAGGCGCCUGUAUCGUUCUCACCCUCCUGAGUGUGUUCCGAGGGCACAACAAGGAGCUACUGAUUGCGAGCAGUGUUUUGAUGACGGCUGGUUGUGGGGCUCUUGCAAUUGGCCGUGUUGACAAUCUUUACCAACUUUGGGGACUUCUCGUCCUGGCUGGCCUUGGAAUCGGUGGUAUCGUUGUACCCGCUUCAAUCAUCACCACCAUUAUCUGUCCCGAUGAUCUCAUUGCGACUAUUUCCGCCCUGACCCUUUCAAUUCGCGUCGUGGGAGGCAGUAUUGGCUACACCAUUUAUUACAAUGUUUUCAUCUCCAAGUUCGUGCCUGCAGCACAGCACUACAUUGGUGGCGUGAUGGUGACCCAGCUCAAUAUCACCAGUGUUGAAGUCAUUACUGAAGUCAUCGAGCUUACUGGUGCUUCGCUAUUGACUGAAAUUCAACAUAUUCCUGGCAUUGCCGGCAAUGAGACUGCAUACGAAAUGGUGGUCGCAGCAGGCCAGCUGGCAUAUUCUGAAUCUUAUAAGUGGGUAUAUUAUGUUAGUAUCGCGUUCGGAGUCGUGUCAAUCCUGGCCUCAUGCUUUUUGGGUAAUAUCACCAAGUACAUGAAUGACCAUGUGGCCGUGGUGAUGUGA